CGGAUUCUCAAGCGAGUUGCGACCGGCAUGCCGAUUACCUACCCUUCAUUGAACCGUCAUCUGUGAAAUCAAAAGUGUAUCGCGAGAAAGCGAAGCCGGGUCUUAACCAAAGGAGCAUUAGUGGUGGAGGCUCGCCGCAUCUCCGUUUUGACUGCUUGUCCGCUGCUCGAUCUUCUUGCUUACGAAUCAUCGCUCGGUUUGGACCCGAGUUCGACUUGUUGGCGGAAGUCGGCUCGGGCCAUGUCCACGUUUGCAGGUGCAAAUGCAAGGAUGGAUGCGCAACACGAAAAGAAGAACAUCGUCAUUGUCGGCGGCGGCAUCAUCGGAUGCACCACGGCCUAUUACCUGACACGCCAUCCCAAAUUCAAUCCUGCCCUCCACACCAUAACCCUUCUUGAAGCCAGCUCGAUUGCCGCGGGCGCCUCUGGCAAGGCCGGAGGGCUGCUUGCAUUAUGGGCUUAUCCGACCUGCCUCGUGCCUCUAUCAUACCGUCUACACAAGGAACUGGCUGCCGAGCACAAUGGCGCACAACGAUGGGGCUACCGCCGCCUGGGAUGUGGGAGUUUAGCGGCUGUCGUCCGAACGAGUGACCUAGAGGCAAGGGCGCCCAAGCCGCCAUCGCCUCCGGCAGAAAAUGGCGUCGACGGUGGGCUUCCCAUACAGAGCACAGCAUCCGAUGAGAAGUCCAAGGACUGGGAGAAGCUCCCAAAACAGGACGGCGCGGCGACCGGUUUGCUACGGGACUCGCCUUUGCCGCCAGAUCUGAACUGGAUCGAUGGGAAGCUGGUCCAGUACUACGAGGAAAUGGGCUCCCCGGGGGCUACCGAAACGGCCCAGGUCCACCCUUUCCACUUCACCAACGCCAUGGCCGACCUAGCAAAGGAGAAAGGAGUUGAUAUCCGCCUGCGAGCGAAGGUGACCCGCAUCAGCGAAACCAAGACGGCCGGCGUGCUGCACAGCGUCGCCUACGAGGACCGCGAUACGGGGGAGAUACGCAACAUUGACGACGUGACGGAUGUCAUCGUGGCCGCGGGGCCAUGGACGGGGAAGCUAGUCCCGCGAACGAGGGUGGAAGGGCUGCGUGCCCAUAGCGUCGUCUUCGAAGCCGACGUCAGCCCCUAUGCCGUCUUCACCGACAUUCAGCUGCCCGCGGACUACGUCCCCGAACACCGCGCGAGCCAGGGCCAGCGGAGGCGCCACAGGGGGAAUGUCGACCCGGAGAUCUACGCCCGCCCUUUCGGCGAGGUGUACGCAUGCGGCGAACCCGACAAGACGAUCCCGCUCCCCGCCACCGCGGACGAGGUUUCCGUGGACCAGUCGCAAUGCGACGACCUCGUCGCCUACAUCGGCACCAUCUCGCCCACCCUCGCGGCCGCCCCGGUCAAGGCCCGCCAGGCCUGCUACCUGCCGCAGCACAUCCGCUUCGGCGAGCAGCGCGGGCCUCUGAUCGGCCCGACGUCGGUGCCCGGCUUGUGGGUCGCGGCGGGGCACACCUGUUGGGGGAUACAGAACGGCCCCGGGACGGGCUAUCUGAUGGCCGGCAUGAUCUUUGGCGACGAGGUAGACGAGGAGGUGGAGAAGCUAGAUCCGAGGAAAUUCAAAGUGUAGACGGGGCCAAGGACGAGGUUGGUUAUCGAUCGACCUGCUUAGCGGCCUUGGUGUAUCCCGCGGGAUUUGGUGUUUGUGAAACCAUGGACCUAGCGGGCCAGCGCAGCG